AGUGUGGUGCUGAAGCUGGGUAAGGGAAAAGCUCUCAGACUGUCCUUCUGCUGAUACUACGCUCAGGAACAUGGCCAGCAAGAAAGUCAUUGUGGUGUUUGGGGCGACAGGUCGUCAGGGUGGUUCUGUUGCCAGAGCCAUUUUGGGGAGCAAAGACUUUUCUGUAAGAGCAUUGACUCGGGAUGUGACCAGACCUGCUGCCCUGGCCCUACGAGACCUGGGAGCUGAAGUGGUGAAGUGUAACCUGAAUGACCAAGAGUCUGUGAAGGAAGCAUUAAAAGGAGCCUAUGGUGCCUUCCUGGUGACCACCUACUGGGAAGACUUUAACAAGGAGAAGGAAGUGCAGCAGGGGAAAAUAGUAGCUGAUGCCAGUAAACAGCUGGGCUUGAAGCACGUGGUGUACAGCGGCCUGGAGAACGUCAAGAAGUUGACCAGCGGGAAACUGGAGGUGCCGCACUUUGAUGGGAAAGGAGAAGUGGAAGAAUACUUCUGGAACCUUGGAGUGCCCAUGACCAGCGUCAGGAUACCCGCCUACUUCGAAAACUUUCUGAACUUCUUUAAGCCUGUGAAGGCUUCUGAUGGCAACUACUACAAUUUGUCGCUGCCUAUGAAGGACAUCCCCAUGGAUGGCAUCUCUGUUGCUGACAUCGGACCAGCGGUCGCCAGCAUCCUCCGGUCCCCAGAUGAGUUUGUGGGCAAGGCCGUGGGUCUCAGUGCAGAAGCUCUGACGAUUCAGCAGUAUGCUGACAUCCUCUCCAAGACCUUGGGGAAAGUGGUUAAAGACUCCAAGAUUACUCCCGAAGCUUUUGAGAAGCUGGGAUUUCCUGGAGCCAAGGAAAUAGCUGACAUGAUGCGUUUCUAUCACACGAAGCCGGACAGAGAUGUGAAGCUCACUCACAGGCUGAACCCCAACGUCAAGAGUUUCUCUCAGUUUAUCUUGGAGAACAAAGAGGCCUUCAAGGACCUGUAGGAAGCACUCAAGCUCACUCUCUGGCCAGUAGUUUGACAACUUCCUCCAUGACAACGUGGUGCCGUGGUCAGAGUGCUGCAUUUGUAGGGAGAUCUGGGUUCAAAUUUUGGCUUUGCCACUUACAACCUCUGUGACCUUAGGCAGUUACUUGCCCUCUCUGGGCCUCAGUUUCCCCAUCUGUAAAAAGAGGGGGUUGGACUAGAAGGUCCUUUCCAGCUCUAAAUUGUAUCAUGAUCCUCUUAUAGGAGAGAUGGGCAAAGAUUUGAAAUGACUCAAACCAAUCCAGUGGAAAGUGAUUUGUUUACAUUAUGAAAAGAUUCUUAGAAGCCUCCUCACCAAUGGUGAAUAUUGUUAUAAUUUACAUAUAUUUACCCAAUUUACCCAGGGGCAGCGGGGCAUGAUGGAUAAAGGGCUAGAUUUGCCAUUGGAGCAUCAUCAAUUUAGACUUGGAAGGGGAUUUAGAGGUCACCUAAUCUGAGGCCCAGAGAUGGGGAGUGACUGGUCCAAGGUCAUACAGAUAAUAAGUAGCAGAGCUGGGACCUGAACCCAGCUGUGACUCCAAAUCAGGCACUUUCCACUGUGCCAUGUCAGGAGGGCUCAAGUUCAAAUCCUGCCCCUGAGAUCACAAGUAGCUUUACCUUUUUGAGCAUCAGUUUACUUAUCUGUAAAAUGGAAAUGAUUAUACUUGUAGUUCCUCACAGUGUUGCUGUGAGGCUUGGAUGAACUUCAUGUCUUUAAAGUUCUUUACAAACAUUAAAAUUCUUUAUAAACAUGAAA